GACCUUCUUGGCGGCUAGCAAUACCUUUCGACUCAAAAUGACCAUCCGAGUAGCCUUUCCGUCUGAACUCAGACCAGGCGUGCUCGACACUUGCGUGAUGCGAUUGCGAACCUCUACUUGCACCGUGUCCAGCCCGGUGCCGGGUCGUACUCUAGCCCGAACCCUAUCGUUCAUCAUGAAAUGGAUCUUUCAAACGAAAAACUUGUAGAAUCGAGAGGUAUAUCGCUGAGACAGUGGGUAAUGAAAAAAGAAAAGAAAAGAGCAAAGGAAAUCAAUGGAAAAGAAAAGAGAAUUCGAAAAGAAAAAAACUCCCCCAAACCCAAGGCCCUUGUCACAGACGCGCCCAACCUUGAAAAAAAACAUAACAAACACAAGAGGGAACAGAAUUUGAUCUUAUACACGGGGCAAAUGUAAAAUCGCUGCAGACAAAUGGCUGUCGUGAUAAACGAAGAAAAGAAGGAU